CCGGCCCUUGGAUUCACACGAUCCGUUCCCAGGCCUACUUGGGCUAAACCCUAACGAAGAAGCGCCGCCGGUCUCGUCUCCACCUCCAACCCCUCGUCGGACGCCGUUUCGUCGAUCCCUUCCUUCUCUCCCACCGCGAGAUUGGCCUCCCAUCCCUUGUCCUCGUUCGGUUUGAUCCCUGGGGCGGCAGCAGGAUGGCGCUGAGGGGGGUAUGGCAGCUGCAGAAGCUUGUGGUGAACUACUGCGACUGGGGAGGGAGCAGCAGGGGGAUCAGAGCAUUCAUGGAGGCACAUCUUCCAGCCUUUAAGGAAAAGAACCCACACUUAGAAGUGGUGACUGAGCUUGUCCGAGGUCAACACCCUAACUUGAAAGGAAUUUACAAAAACCAUAACGAGCGAGUGGUCUGCGUAAGAAAUUUACCACCUGAGGAAAUACUGUUGCAAGCCACCAGGUUAAGGAACUCUCUGGGCAGGAAAGUGGUGAAGCUGCGAACCAGACACGUCACGAAACGCCACAGUGUUCAGGGAACAUGGACGACGGACCUGAAGAUGUGAGCUGAGCUGUCAGGCAGGCUGUUCCGGUGUUCCUGAUGGUGUGAUUUUUUUUAAAAAAAAAUCUCAGUUGACGUGUUUGCUCUCUGUUUGUUCCUAGUGCAAUCUGCUAAUAACAUGUACACUUGGGAUUUUCUUGUUAGUGCCAGCUUGUCACUCAUCAGAUAUCAGUCGGGUGAUAUCUGUCUCGUGAUGCUUUCAGCACACAAGAAUUUGAGAUCUGUUGAACACGGAAAAAUCUGCUGUGGCAUGACCAAAAGUUUUUAAUCACUGGGUGGAUGUGGAAA